GCGAUUUUUGCAACGUUGUUUUCCAACUCCGAAGGCAAAGUCGCGUUAUAUUUUGGUAAAAUGCACCAUCUUCAUUUUUCCUGGAAAAAGAAAAAGGAAAAUAAGAGUCGAGAGAACAGGAUUCCUUGCGAUCUCGUUUUGGAUUUUUCGUGUGAAUAAAAAGCAAGAACUGCAUUAAAUUGUUGGUGGAAUGUGUUAGUUCUGCAUUUACCUAUUGAAUUUGAGGAAUUGCUGUUACAUCUAGACAAGGAGGGAGGGAAACUUAGAUAAAAUAAAAGUUUCCGUGGGAGCAUAGACUCUUGUAGUGAAUCGUACAUGUGAAUGUGACCAUGUGUGAUUAGUACCAAUUACAAGUUUCUAUCGAAUGGGUUUGAUGGGGAUUUUUUGUUUUUCCAUAUUUCUUUUUAUCCCAGUUGAAUCUACUGGAAGAGAAGGGACUAUGUGGCUCCAAAACUUGGGUGAGGAGUCCAGAGGAACUGUGAGUUUGACCGUCUUCAGUGCAAGUAUAUUUGUUGUUGCUGCUCUUGUUCUCUCCAUGUAUUUAGUAUUUGAGCAUUUAGCCUCCUAUAAUCAGCCCGAGGAACAAAAGUUUUUGAUUGGUAUCAUUUUAAUGGUUCCUGUUUAUGCCUUGGAAUCAUUUUUGUCAGUUUUGGAUUCUGAUGCAGCAUUUAACAGUGAAAUUAUCCGGGAAUGCUAUGAAGCUUUUGCAUUAUACUGCUUUGAGAGAUAUUUGAUAGCUUGCUUAGGUGGUGAGGACAAAACUAUUCAAUUUAUGGAAAGUAUGAACCUAACAGACUCCAGCAUUCCUCUUCUGAAAGAAGCAUAUGCAUAUGGAGUUGUAGAGCAUCCAUUUCCCUUAAAUCUCUUCUUGAAGGAUUGGAAUCUAGGCUCCGAGUUCUAUCAAUCUGUGAAAAUUGGCAUUGUACAAUAUAUGAUAUUGAAGAUGAUAUGUGCAGUACUGGCAACAAUUCUCCAAUCUUUUGGGGUUUAUGGAGAGGGGAAGUUUGAAUGGAAAUACGGGUAUCCCUACUUGGCACUAGUUCUUAACUUUAGUCAGACAUGGGCCCUAUAUUGCCUUGUACAAUUCUAUUCUGUUAUUAAAGAUAAGUUGAAACCAAUCAAACCGUUGGCAAAGUUUCUAACUUUUAAGUCAAUUGUCUUCCUCACAUGGUGGCAAAGUGUGGCUGUUGCAUUUCUAUUUUAUGUGGGAGCUUUUAGGGGAUCCUUGGCUCAGGAGUUGAAAACACGUAUACAGGACUACAUCAUCUGUAUAGAGAUGGGCGUGGCUGCUGUUGUGCACCUUUAUGUCUUCCCAGCAGAACCUUACAAAAGGGGGGAGAGGUGUGUCCGUAAUGUAGCAGUGAUGACCGACUAUGCCUCGCUAGGAUCGCCACCAGACCCCGAGGAGGUUCGAGACUGUCAGCGCUCGACGAGAACAUGGCUGGGAGCUUAUGAGAGAGAAAAACCUAUGAAAUUUACCCAGAGUGUUCGGGACGUUGUUGUUGGAAGUGGUGAAAUUAUUGUCGAUGACAUGAUAUUUACAGUUUCUCAUGUGGUGGAGCCUGUUGAGAGGGGCAUUGCAAAGAUAAACAAAACCUUCCAUCAGAUAUCAGAAAAUGUGAAACGCCAUGAGCAGCGGACGCAAAUCGCCAAGGAUGAUUGUUACCUUGUUCCCUUGCGAUCACGAAUACCAGAAUUUUCUGACGUUCAUGAUAGUAUGGGUGAUGGAAGUUUCAGUGAUAGUGGCUUAUCCAGUGGAAAACGACAGUAUUCUCAAUCAAAAGCAGGAACCUCCAGAAGUAGAAGAUAGUGUUUUUUUAACAGUUCAGUGUAUAUAUAGUUACACACGAAUCGACGUGAAAUUUUAAACUACGUCGUUAUAUUUCGGUGAAAGUGCUGAAAUAUAAGUGUAUAUAUUUAACUUGAGGUGAUGGAUUGAGACACUGAAUAAUACCUGCUAUACGUGUAACAUAUCAUCAAGGUGUAUGCGUCAUGUGUAGUGCUCCUCGUAGAUGUUGAAGGAUUAUUAUAGGUUCCACUUCAAUUUUUUACAUUUAAUGAUGUUUGUUUUAGCUA